UUUUUGCUGACCGGCGAAUUGGUGCUGGGAGAAAAACAGAGAGUGCCACAAAACCGUGUAAAACGCUACUGGAGUGAGACCCGUCCGUUUGAGCUGGAUUAUCCGAAUUUUGACGACGAUAAAGCCGAGGAGGAGCAUUACCGUGAGGAAUUGAAAAAUAUUGAAAUUCCGAUGAUAAAGAAUUUAGUCAUACGAUUUACUUAUGUCCCACGUCGAUCACCAACAACGACUUUACCACCAGAACCCGAAGAUACAGAAGCACCAGACAAAGAAACAACUGACGCAAAAAAUGCAACUGGCACAACAACUACAACAAAAGCCGGUACCGGAGAAGCUGACAAGAAAGCGUGA